AUGGAUUUUGUUCUAAGAUUGCCUCGAACCUUGAGGAAGCAUGAUGCCAUAUGGAUAAUUAUUGAUCGACUUAUGAAAUUAGCUCAUUUUCUACCUGUGCAACAAAGUGAUUCACUAGACAAAUUGGCAGAAAUAUAUGUGCCAGAAAUUGUAAGAUUACAUGGAGUGCCAACAUCAAUUAUGUCAGACAGAGAUCCACGUUAUCAUUCGAGUAUCGGUAUGGCUCCAUAUGAAGCUCUAUAUGGCAGAAGAUAUAGAAGUCCUGUUUGUUGGGAUAUGGAUGGGUUACGACAAUUAGAAGGUCCUAAAUUGAUACAAGAAAUUGUAGAUAAAAUUCAAAUAGUCAAAAAAUGCUUAAAGGCUGCACAAGACAGACAAAAGAUUUAUGUGGACAAGCAUAGAAGAGAGAUGGAGUAUGAAGUGGGUGAAAAAGUAUUUUUGAGAGUGUCACCAUGGAAGGGUAUUAUACGAUUUGGCAAGCAAGGAAAAUUAAGUCCGAGAUAUAGAUCUGAUCCUAGCCAUAUAGUACAGGAGUCAGAAUUACAGUUAACUGAAGAUUUAAGUUAUAAAGAAGAGCUUGUUAGAAUUCUUGAUAGGCAGGUAAAGAAGUUACGUAACAAAGAAAUUCCAAUAGUAAAGAUUAAGUGGAGUCGACAUUCACCAAAAGAAGCUACAUGGGAAGUGGAAAAAGACAUGAGAGUUCAAUACCCUUACCUAUUUUCUGAGAAUGGUGACUCACUUUAA